CGAACGCCGCCCCGCCUUGCGGAAGGGCUCCUCGGCGCUGCGCUGGGGCCGGGUUCCGGCGGCCUUGCUGCCUCUCACGGACUUUUCUUUUCUGCACCACGGAAGCCCACGCCUGCUGUCCGGGGAUUUGGACGCUCUGAGCGAGGCCGGAGGCCCACGCUGCCGCCCCUGGAGCCCAGAAUGAACCAGCCUGGUCCUGGGCCGUGUCGUGGGCCGGCCUGUGCUGCCCCUUCCACGUCCCAAGGGACGGCAGCCUGCGCCUCCUCGAAGCCCCACUUUCUCUUCCCCAAGUCCUGCAAGGGGGCAUAGAGUAACCAGAGGCUUUCUCGCACCUGUGACUGCUGUUAUUUUAGCACAUUCCGGAGGCAGAGAUGCCUGGGAAAAGGCCCCUACGUGCAACGGCCAUCCCUAGUGCCAAAAGGGAACGGAAAGCAAUUACUCUCGACGUGAAAUUGGAAGUGUUAAGACGCUUUGAAGUGGGUGAAAAGCUCAGCCAGAUAGCAAAGGCCUUAGGCCUUGCUGUCUCUACAGUGGCGACCAUCCGGGACAAUAAAGAAAAAAUCACAGCGAGCUCACAGAUAGCUACUCCUUUGAGAGCCUCCCGGUUGACCCGCCACCGAAGUGCAGUCAUGGAGACCAUGGAGCGGUUGUUGCGUGUGUGGCUCGAAGACCAGAGCCAGCGAAACGUGCCCCUGAGCGUCACCAUUAUACAGGAGAAGGCCAAGAGUUUGUUUGAUGACCUGCAGCGUGAACGAGGUGAAAGCUCUCAAACAGAAAAGUUUAGUGCAAGUAAAGGGUGGUUUGUGAGAUUCAAGGAACGCCACUGUUUGCCCCACUUCAAGAUGAACAGCACGGCUCCUGGGAAGGAAGAUGUAUAUCCAGAGAUACUGAAAAGCAUCAUCCAAGAAGGUGAGUACACCCCCCAGCAAGUUUUUAAUGUAGAUGAGACAGGGCUUUAUUGGAAAAGAAUGCCUGAAAGAACGUUUAUUUCGGUAGAAGAGAAAGCUGAGCCAGGGUUUAAGUCAUCCGAAGAUCGGUUGAUGCUGCUUCUUGGUGGCAAUGCAGCUGGAGACUUUAAGUUGAAGCCCUUAUUGGUGUACCACUCAGAAAACCCCAAGGCUCUGAAGGGGUACUCCAAGCCCAAUCUGCCUGUGAUUUGGCGCUCAAACAGAAAGGCUUGGGCAACCAGGAGCAUCUUUCAUGAGUGGUUCACAUACUUCUUUUGCCCUGCUGUUGAAAAAUACUGUGCCCAAAAUAAUCUCACCAACAAAGCACUGCUCAUCUUAGACAAUGCACCAUGCCACCCAGUAAAUUUGAGCGAUCUGUCUGACAAUGUAAGAGUGGUAUAUCUUCACAACAGUACAGCUGACUCGAUCCAGCCCAUCUGUCAAGGUGUGGCCUCUACCUUCAAAGCUCAUUACCUGAGAAGGACUUUUGAACACAUCCUAGAAGCAACAGAUGGGGAGGAUGCAGCUGAGAUCAGGGAGUUCUGGAGAAACUACAGCAUCAUGGAUGCUGUGGACAACAUUGCAGUGGCUUGGGAGGAGCUCAGACCAGCAACAAUGAACAGUGUGUGGAAGAAGAUUUGGCCCGAGUGUGUUCAGUUCCCGAGUGUUUCCCAAACCGACAACGUUGCACAGCUUCAACAAAAUAUUGUGACCCUUGCUAACAGCAUGGCUCUUGGAGAGGUGGGAGAAGCUGAUGUGCACCAGCUGCUGCAGUCCCACGAGGAGGGCCUCUCCAAUGAGGAGCUGAUGCAGCUGGAGCAGGAGCAGGCAGGAGAGGAGGAGGGGGAGGAGGGUGAAGAGGCUGCACCUGCCCUGCGGCAACUCACCACACGGGAGCUGUCAGCAGCCUUCUCACAUUUUGAGGCUGGCUUGCAGGUCCUUACCAGCAACAGCCCUGAUGGCGCAUGGAACCUGAAAGUUUCAAGGGCAAUCAGUGAUGCAAUAAGCUGCUACCGGGAGCUGUACAGUGAGAAGGAGCGGCGCUCCAAGCAGCUCUCCUAG